AUGACGGUGUCCGAGAUUUCGGGUGGUAUACAAUCCUUGAAGGCGGGUGAUCCUUCUGGGCAAAUUCCUUUGGAAAAUCUCCUGUCUGUGGACAGUAUAGAUGGCGCAACAUUUAACGUUACGAUAGUCUUCCCUUCGUCCGAUACUUGUAGUUUACAAGUUGCUGCCUCGGAAAUUGUUCAGGAAAUCUACCGCGCCCUUAUUGAGCGCGAGGAAUCCUGCCACAGGACCUGUUUCUCCCUUCAGUUUAACGGACAAACGCUUGAUAUGUUUACUGAUCUCAAGUCAGUUGAUGGACUUGGUGAAAACUCAGAAAUUCGUGUAUUGGAAGAACGGUAUACUACGCGUGAGGUAAGGAACCACGUAAGACAUGUCCACGACAUACUCAACAGCAUAAAGUUGCGCGACGCAUAUGCUGGACGGGAACAAAUGUCUUUGUCUUUCUUGAGUUCAGUUACUUUGGGGGACAUUUUAGAGCGAAAGCCAAACAAAUCUGAUAUCUCGCCUAGCUUUUUACCUCCGGCAUAUAUUUUGCCUAAAAGCUCCAAUGUGGAGGUUCCGAUUCUCCCAUUGCAUCCUCUGUCUAAAGAAGAAAACGACUUAGAAUGCGUUCAACAGCUUAAUUACAGUAACUGGAAUCCACCUCCAGCCCCGCGUCGCCUAGCCGGAGAUUUGCUUUACCUUAUUGUGCAUACACUUGAAGGUAAACGUUGCCAUAUCACGGCUUGUCCGCGUGGCUUCUACGUCAAUCAAACAACAGAUGAAGAAUUCAACCCAGCCCCGGUGCAAAACGCCUAUGUAGCACAUUCUCUUGUGGACUUGUUAAAGCAGCUGAGUCCCGCUUUCAAGAAGGCCUUUGAAACAUUGCUUAAACGAAGGGCGAACAAGCAUCCAUUCGAAAGAUUGCCUACUCCUUACCAGGUUUAUUCCUGGCUUACUCCGCAAUGGGAACAUACUCCGGACUCUGUCAGGAAGGAAGAAUCCUUUGCGUCCAGAAUGGCCUGGGAAGAGAAUUUGCCCGGUCAGACUCGUGACUGGAAUGACGAACUGCAGGCAACACGCGAACUUCCGCAAUCUACUAUCAACGAUCGCCUAAUGCGUGACCGAGCCGUAUUCAAAUCUAACAGUGAUUUCGUCGCUGCUGCCGCACGAGCCGCUAUCAGUGUCGUAAAGGGCGAUAUCAUGGCCAUAAAUCCCGGUGAAACACGUCGACAACAAAUGUUUAUUUGGAAUAACAUGUUCUUUUCCCUCGGUUUUGAUGUCAAGGAUCACUACAAAGAUUUCGGUGGCGAUGCAGCUGCUUACGCAGCCACAUCAAGCGACCUAAAUGGUGUCCGGGCGUAUUCCAUGUUAGACCAGCCUGGACUAUGCACCCUUGGGACUGCAAUUAUCGACUAUUGUGGUUAUCGUGUAACCGCUCAAACAAUAAUUCCAGGAAUUCUCGAAAAAGAACAGGAACAACUUGUUGUCUAUGGGUCGAUCGAUUUCGGUAAAACAGUGGUUGGAGAUGAGAGGUACAAUGGACUUCUUGCUAAGACUGCUAAACACCUCAAGAUCCGUCCCCACAAAGUUGUGGACAAAUCAGGUAAAGAGAUUGAACUUUUUUCUUCGGUGGACUGCAAAGGCAUCGUAGGCACUGACAAUCGGACUUACAUACUCGACUUGCUUCAUACAUUCCCACCGGAUCUCAACUACAUGGGGGGUGCGCCACCCUCCUCUCGCCCUGUUCUUAGUGACGAAAUGCUCAACCUCGGCUACCCUUACACCCACCGGCAUCUGUUGCCCUCCCUUCGGCAGGAGCUACUUGAUGCUUUUUGCGAGUCUCGUCACGAGGAAUUUUUGAAAGUUGCGGCUCGCGAACUCCAAAACCUCCGUUCUACUUCUCAGUCGGAUUCUAAAUCUUCAUCUAAGGUGGAGGAAAUUGAUGAAAAAGAGGUGGAGAGUUCGAUCGCCGACGAAAACAACGUUCUUCUUCUCAAUGCGGACACUACGGUCAAAUCUGUACAAAAUUUCAUGCUCCAGGAUAAAUGCGCUACUUCAGUCCAACGCGCCAGAGCUUCAGAAAAUGGCAUCAUUUCAGAAGUUCGGAAAGCUUUAGAGGGGGCAGUGGAUGGAACCGGAGAAGGUGAGAUGGAAACCAAAGAAGCCAUCCAAAAAGCUGCGGAAUCCUUCGGAUCGUUGUCCGUUUCCCAAUUUCAGCUAGCCUUCAACCCUGACGUCUAUCAGCCAAACGUUACCUUUGCCCAAGACGAAUUGGCGGCCAUUCAGAACGAUGAAGCGCUGGUGCGGGAUAUUUGUGAGUUCCUCGUCCUUCGGCAAAUCCCCGCCUUCAUCCAGGACUGCCUGACUUUUACAGUCAUGCCGCAGGAUGGACGCGCUUUGGUCGAAAUUCUACACCAGAGGGGCAUCAAUGUUCGCUAUCUAAACAGAUUGAUCGAAAUGCUUGCGGACAAGGAAAACCUAACGUACAUUCGAAGACUUGCAAUUUGCGAAGUUGUGAUUCGCUCUGCCAAGCAUUUGUUCAAGCUGUAUAUCCAGGAAGUGGACCCACUGUUCGUCUCUGCUGCAAUCGCCCACUUUCUCAAUUGCCUUCUUACUGCGUGUCCUCUACUCCAGCCAAUGGCGGGUAUCGAUGAGCAAAUUCAAAAGAUGGUCAAGGUCAAGAAGGGGAAAAAACGCGGAAAGUCGGUGCGCGACUCCUCUGAGGAAAUGUCUUGGACCAAUGAAACACCUUCCUCUCUUUGGGCCAGUCUAAACAAGGAAGCCAAGGAGUACUACCACAUCGAUUUGCAAUUGUCGGAUGUAGACGCCUUCUGUCAGACUCAUCAGGUCCCGCGCACUCAGAUGUUGCGGUCCUUCUGUCAGUCCGUUGGGAUUCAAUUGGCCCUCCACGAAUAUGCCCUGGCACCGCCCAAUGGCGCCCACCAUCAUUCUCGUCCGGUGUUUACGCUCGACGACGUGGUGUCCCUCUACCCCAUUGUUAAGCACCUUCAUCCUCACGCCACGGAUGCCUACACCUACUUCAACACCGGCCAAGCCAGGAUCUCCGCGGGCUACCUGCAAGAGGGCUUCGAGUUGAUCUCGGAGGCUCUGAAUCUGCUGAACACGGUUUACGGGCCGAUUCACCCCGACACUGGGUCGUGCAACAGGCUGCUUGCUCGCCUCUCCUACGUCAUGGGCGAACACCAGGCUGCUCUGCUUUUCCAGCAGCGCGCAACUAUGAUCAGCGAACGUGUCCACGGAAUCGACAGUCCUAGCACAGCAGCUGAAUACGUACGCUUUUGUGCAGUGGUGCUACGACAGCUGUUUAGCACUAUAAUUCACAUGGCAUUGUACUGUUUUGCCUGCGGACAUGUGCCGAUUGCUUUCCAAUUGCUCUACCGCGCCCGAUACUUGGCGUUGUUGUGCCACGGCGAAAAUCACCCGGAGAUUGCCCAAAUCGACGUUAAUAUAAGCCUCAUGCUGCAUGCCGUCGAUGAGUUCGAUACCUCCGUGGUCUUCCUUGAGAAUGCCCUUCAUCUUAGUAAGAUUUUUUACGGUGAGAAGAGUCUGAAGGAGGCCUUCAAUUGUCAUCUCCUGAGUCGAACGCACGCCUACCGGGGUGACUUCCGAUCGGCGCUGGAAUACGAGAAGCGUCGCUACACAAUUUACCUGGAGCGGUUUGGCGAAAGCAGCGACUACACCAAGGACAGCAACGAGUGUCUCCGCACACUGACUCAACAGGCCGUCACCGCCGCACGUCAGCUGCAGAAACCCCUCAUUCUCAAUGGCGCCCAAACCGGCAACAACGCGAGCGAGAGGUCAAAGCGAGGAGCACCGAUAAAGGAUGGUCGGCUUGAUUUCGGCCAGACCCUACCUGCGCCAAACUUUGUGUCCAUUCUGGACACGUUGAACAGAGUGAAUGGGAUCUUCUACCUCCAGAUAAGCCAAUCUCAGAAAGAAGGAGGAAGCCAUGGAUUCAAUGGACAAAAACCAAGCACCGUUGAGAUCACUGCCGCGGGCGACGAAAGCGCUCCCUCCACCGAAACCCCUGUUGCUGCUGCACCAACCGACUAG